AAGACACAAAUGUCGAGAAAAAAAGAAAAGGGAGGAGAAAUGUCUGGGCAUUGUAGGGGAAGAUAGCAGCAUUUGGUCUCCUCGACACUCAGCAUCUCCCCUUCAUACAUCUUUUUUUAAACAUUUUUUUGUUAAACUUUUUGGUCCCUUUGUCGGCUGGUCCACGGUUGCUUUUUUCUCCGUUUACCGGCUACUUCCUCUGCCGGAAUCCGUUCAUCCCUUUUUCUUUCCCUUUCUAUCACUCUCUGCGGAGAUUUUUCUGUAAAAAAGUCGUCAUCUUUUAGUACCGAACCGUAGCUGAUCUGAGAUAUACUCUGAGAUAUACUUUGAGAGUCUGAGUCUACUCCUCGGAUUCUCUGAUAGCAGUUUUGGCACCAGCUUGGUUCCAGAGCUGAGGAGGCUGUUGUGGGUUUUGCUUAUUGAUUUUCUCGAUCAAAGAGGAUCGAUGAACUUGAGAUGAACAAGUGAAAGUGUGCCCUCCUCGUCUCUAGAAUCUCAUCAAAAUCGCAAUGAAGGUGCCCCCAAAUAAAGCCGGAGCUGCCGCCGCUGUGCCGGAUUCGGCUGAAGGUGGCGGAACGGAGAAGAAGAGCAUAAACCCGGAGCUAUGGCAGGCAUGCGCGGGGCCGCUAGUGAACCUUCCGGCCGCCGGGACUCACGUCGUCUACUUUCCCCAAGGUCACAGCGAGCAGGUUGCAGCAUCUAUGAAGAAAGAUAUGGACAGGCAAAUCCCGAACUAUCCUAAUCUUCCCUCGAAGCUUUUAUGUCAUCUUCACAAUGUCACCUUGCAUGCGGACGCAGAGACAGAUGAAGUAUAUGCACAAAUGACACUCCAGCCUGUUCCUUCUUUUGACAAGGAGGCACUAUUAAGAUCAGAUCUUUCUCUUAAGGCCAAUAAACCACAGCCAGAAUUUUUUUGUAAAACACUGACAGCAAGUGACACUAGCACUCAUGGAGGUUUCUCUGUUCGCCGCCGUGCAGCUGAGAAGAUUUUCCCUCCUCUUGAUUUUUCUAUGACACCACCGGCCCAAGAACUUGUGGCUAGGGAUUUGCAUGACAAUGUGUGGAACUUCCGCCAUAUCUUUCGUGGACAACCAAAACGUCACUUGCUUACUACAGGUUGGAGUUUAUUUGUUAGUGGAAAGAGGCUUUUGGCGGGUGACUCUGUUCUGUUUAUUAGAGACGAAAAGCAGCAGCUUCUACUAGGAAUAAGGCGGGCUAACAGGCAACCUCCCAAUCUAUCAUCAUCAGUGUUAUCGAGUGAUAGCAUGCAUAUUGGCAUCCUUGCUGCCGCUGCUCAUGCAGCAGCAAACAACAGUCCUUUUACUGUUUUUUAUAAUCCAAGGACUAGUCCAUCAGAGUUUGUUAUUCCAUUGGCCAAGUACUAUAAAGCAGUGUGUGGAAACCAAAUAUCACCUGGCAUGCGCUUCCGUAUGAUGUUUGAAACUGAAGAAUCAGAAACAAGAAGGUAUAUGGGUACAAUUACAGGUAUUAGCGAUCUUGAUCCUGUAAGCUGGAAAAACUCACAAUGGCGUAAUCUUCAGGUUGGUUGGGAUGAAGCAACCACAGGUGAAAGACGUACUCGUGUCUCCAUUUGGGAGAUUGAACUAGUGACCACUCCAUUUUUCAUCUGCACCCCUCCUUUUUUCAGAUCAAAACGUCCAAGGUUAUCUGGGAUGCCAGACGAUGAAUCCUAUGAUCUUGAUAACCUAUUCAAUGGAACAAUGUCCUGGCUUGGAGAUGAUAUGGGCAUGAAGGAUUCCCAGACUCUGCCUGGGUUUGGCUUGAUCCAGUGGAGGAACAUGCAACAAAUCCCUGCACUGGCUAACACGCAUUCCUUGUCUGGGUCUGUUUUGCAGAACCUCACUGGAGCAGAUCUUUCUCAUCAGUUGGGUUUUUCUACACCACAAAUGCAUCAGCCCACCAACAUGCAGUUCAAUCAACGGAGGCUAUCUCAGCAGGUGCAGCAGCUUGAUCAACUUCUGAAGUCACCAUCUGUGGUGAAUAACCCAUUGGGAUCCAGCACACAGUUGCAGCAACAGCUAGGUGAUAUAACUCAGCAAUCAAGGCAAAAUUUGAUCAGUCAAACUAUAUCCUGUAGUCAACCUCAAGCCCAAGUUUUGCAGCCUCAGCCUCAAACACUUGUUCAAAAUAACAACAUUUCUCAGAUGCAGCAACAAUCCAUUCAAACCCAUCAGCUACCAAGUAACCUUCCUCAAAACCCACAGCAGCAGCAACAAAUUACGGUCCCAAUCCCAAAUCAACAUCAAAACCCAAUGCAAUCCCAGUUUUCUGAUCUGAGCCAACAUUUACAAGUGUCUGACAACCAGAUUCAGUUGCAAAUAUUGCAGAAGCUUCAGCAACAAAAGCAGCCCCUUUUGGUUCAGCAGUCUGCAGACUCUGCACUACAGCAUCCUGUUCAACUUUCCCAGCUGCAAAAUCAGCAAAAGCAGCCCCUUUUGGUUCAGCAGUCUGCACUACAGCAUCCUGUUCAACUUUCCCAGCUGCAAAAUCAGCAAAAGCAGCAUUUGGAUGUUUCUCAGAGCUUGUCUAGGUCUGUAAAUCCUACACAAAUGUCAGAAAUGUCUCAAGUGAUGCCUGGCUCACUACCUCAAUCCUAUGUAAUGGCACAGAAGAUAACUAAAAGUAACAACCAAGCAAAUGCUAGGUUCUCUUAUGGUCAACAGAACCUGAAGCUUCAGCAACAACCAGGAAUGCUGGCUGAAAUUCCAGGACAUUUGGGACCCUUACCAUCCCCAACAGCCAAUCAGCUUUGCACAGCUGGUUGCAGUGCGUUAACAGGAGCUGCUGUAGCCGGUCAAUCUGUGAUUACUGAUGACAAUCCAUCUUGUUCCACUUCAUUUUCAACAAACACGUGUUCAAACAUUCUUCAUCCAAUGAUAAACAGUAGGGUUCAGAAAAGUACAGGAUUAGGGGAGGACAUGGCUCAGUCUGCUGUGAAUUUCUUAAAUCCUAACACCUAUGAGAAUAUUUCCUUGAAUGUGAAUAUAAUUAAGGAUCUGCAGCAGAAAUCUGAUAUUAAGUCCUCGUUGAAUAUUUCCAACAGUCAAAAUCAGGGGUUUAUUGCUGGACAAACAUACUUCAAUGGUGCAACACAGACAGAUUAUUUGGACACAUCAUCUUCAACUUCAGUCUGCCUCCCCCAGAAUGAUCUCCAAUUACAUCAGAAUCAGAACUCAUUGACUUACAAUGCACCAACAGCAUUUUUGAGAGAUAUGAGUCAAGAUGGGGAAGUUCAGGCAGAUACAAGGAGCAAUUUUACAUAUAGGAUGAACAUGGAUGACCAAAUAAUGAUGUCUGUGAACUCUGAUACUUUGUCGCCAAAGGGGGUGGUGGGAUUGGGAAAGGAUUUCUCAAAUAACAUCUCUCCGGGAGGAAUGCUCAGCAAUUACAAGAACUCGAAGGAUGCUCAACAAGAACUCUCAUCUUCAAUGGUUUCCCAGUCAUUUGCAGUUCCAGAUAUGGCAUAUAAUACAAUUGAUUCAGCAAUAAAUGACAGUAGUGUUGUAAACCAUGGUCCAUGGGCCUGCACAACGCAAUUUCAGAGAAAGCGGACAUAUACAAAGGUGUACAAACGUGGAGCUGUUGGGAGAUCAAUUGAUGUCACUGGUUACUCAGGUUAUGAUGAGCUUAAGCAAGAUCUGGCUCACAGGUUUGGCAUAGAGGGGCAAUUGGAAGAUAGAGGGAGAAUUGGCUGGAAGCUUGUCUAUGUGGACCAUGAAGAUGAUGUCCUUCUAGUAGGAGAUGACCCUUGGGAGGAGUUCGUGACUUGUGUUCGAUACAUAAAGAUACUGUCCCCUCAAGAAGUCCAGCAAAUGAGCUUAGACGGAGAUUUUGGCAACUCCGUCCUCCCAAACCAAGCCUGUAGCAGCUCUGACAAAGGCAACACAGAAAUCGGCUUACCAAAGUGCUAACAGUUGUUCUUCCUUGGAUGGAAACUAAAGCUCAAGUAAUUUAUGGGAUUCUGUUCAUACCUUUCUGUAAGGUACAUGUUUUUCCACAUCUAGGCCUUUCUCCAGUAACUUACCAUGUUGCUGAAGGAAGCAAUCAGGGCAAAGAAAGUACGGCCAUUUUGGGCAGUUAGAUAGCCCUUCACCUGGGUGUUCCUGAAGCUUUUACCUCCAUGAUGUGUAAAGCACUGACCAGAUGCAGAAGAAACUGGUCACAGUCACACCCCUUUUCCAAAAUUGAUGAACUUUAUUUUGAUACAUGUUAGUGAAGUCAUUAAUAUAUUGAUCUUGCAACAUUGUAGAAAAGAAGAUGAUUAUUUGUAUGGCUUAGUUUCACGUGUAUAAACAAAGUUGUAAAGUUGUAUAUUUUUUUCUCCCUAUUUGUAAAGGCAAAUGCUUGUUCAACACAGGAUCGUGUUCUAUUUUGAAACAAGUGGUACGCAGGAUCUGUGCCUAGGUUUAUCAGAUUCUGAUGGGAGACUCAUACUGAGUACAUAGCACCAAAGAGAAAAGGAAAGGAGAUGUGACAGAGAAUGCUUGAACUCAGAGUUUCAUCUCAAUUGAUUUUCUGUCAUUUUCUCGAGAAAAUUGCUUUAGCAUUUUGUGCUCCAUUGCUUAGCCAAACCAUAGAUAGGUGUAUCGUUCUUACUAAAAUUACCUAAACACC